CUGCAAUAAGCAUGUCUGGGUGCCAUAUGUUCUUGGUGGCAACUAGCAGGGUCCACAGGAUCUGGCACAGGGGAAUGUUAUCGGCCCGCUGCCACAGAUCCACAGGUCUAAGAUUACCUGCCAUGUCUCAGGAGAGAUUGAUGAUCCAAUGUUCCUCUCCAGUAUUUGUUUUCCCAAGAAAGGGCAAUGUAACAGCAUCCAUCUCUCGUUUGACAAGCUUCUCAAUGGAGGUAGUUGUCCUCAUGUAUCUCUCGGGUUGUGGUGAUGACUAAUGGCUCUUCCCCUGGUGUUCAGAAUGUCCCUCAGCAGGAACUACAACUCCCAGCAUUCAACGCGGAGAGCCUGGGAAGCAGUGCUCGGCUUGCCCGGACCAGGCUGGGACGCGGAGCUGCAUUUGCGCCUCUACAGCGGGGUUUGGGAAGCAGUCAAGCCGCUGGAUAAGCAUUUUUUUUUUUUAAACAACGGUUAAACACAGCGUGGCAUUUCUUUUCACUAUUGUUUUUCCAGACGGGAUCUUUCAGCAUGGGGAAUGGCAUCAACAAGGUCCUGCCUGACCUAUACUUGGGGAAUUUCAGAGAUGCAAGAGACCGAGAACAGUUAGCCAGAAACAACAUCACACACAUCCUGUCCAUUCAUGACAGUGCAGCUCCCAUACUCCAGGAGAUGACCUAUCUCUGCAUUUCAGCAGCUGACCUGCCCACACAAAACCUAACUCAGCACUUUAAACAAAGUAUAAUGUUCAUGCACGAGUCCCGCCUGAAAGGAGAAGGCUGCCUCGUUCACUGUUUGGCAGGUGUGUCCCGCAGUGUCACCCUGGUGGUGGCCUACAUCAUGACGGUGACAGGACUGGGCUGGCAGGAGGCGCUGGCUGCAGUGAGGGUGGCCCGGCCCUGUGCCGGCCCCAACCUGGGCUUUCAACGCCAACUCCAGGAGUUUGAGGCUACUCAAGCUGAUCAGUUCAGAGAAUGGCUACAGAAGGAAUAUAAGGACAACUCCUUCAACGAUGAGGCUGAUCUACGUGACUUGCUUGCCAUGGCUUCUAAAGUCAAUGGCGACAGGGUGGAAAAACCUGCAUCUACCCCACCUGAAGGCAUCUGAUCAGAUCUUUUGAUAAGAUCUUUUUCCGCUCAGCCUGGAGGAUCACACCACCGUCCAACGCUACAGUAUUCAGGACCUAAAAGGACUACUGUCAGGAUGUCAAUCACAGCUGGAGUGAUCCUCAAAAUAUCAACGACAAGAACACUGAAAGAGACAAUUACCAUGUACAGCACAGAUACCUUUUUAGCUUUGGUUGAUGUUUAUGGUGCAGUUGUUUUUUCUAAUUUAUGAAUGUUGUGUUUUUGUACUGUGUCAUGAUGAUUUCA